AGGAUGGAAGAACUCUAACUGAUAGCGACAGAACAGGCCCUUUCAACAUGGAGAGCGUUCCAGUUGAUGGGGAACUGGAUAGAAAUUCACAUCAUGGUGAGAACAGAGACUCUCCUGGACUAUCAAGUUUUGCUGCAAAAUGUUUGCACUACUGUAAUAAGAGUAGUGAUAAAGCUAAGAAGGCCUUUGUACUUUUCAGAGUCCAUCCAGAGAAUAGAACUUGUUUGGUUUGACUCAAAUCUUCUGCUGAACUUUUAAGGAAAGCUUGGGAACUCUUAAAAUCAUCAGUGUUCAGUGGUAACAAACAGUGAUGAACUGCCUGUAACUCCAGGAAGAAUGAACCAGCACCAGGGAAGAGAAGCCUAUUUUACUCCAACCAAAGAGUUACUCCAACCAUGUCUCAGUCCAGGAACUACCCAUAGUCAAGGUUUUGACAAAGGGAAGGAUGAUGUGUCACAAAGUAAAGACGAUUCAGCGUAUUCUAUGUCAAAAAGCAAGUCUGAAUCCAAGCUUUUCAAUGGCUCUGAGAAGGACAUCUCUCAAUCUUCAAGCAAACUUACAAAAAAAGAAUCUCUCAAGGUUCAAAAGAAAAACUACAGAGAAGAAAAGAAGAGAGCCACGAAAGAAUUACUUAGCACAAUCACGGACCCCUCAGUUAUUGUUAUGGCUGACUGGUUGAAGAUUCGUGGUACCUUGAAAAGCUGGACCAAACUGUGGUGUGUACUGAAACCAGGAGUGUUGCUUCUUUACAAAACUCCCAAAAACGACCAGUGGGUAGGAACAGUGCUGCUGAACGUUUGUGAACUCAUUGAGAGGCCUUCUAAAAAAGAUGGGUUUUGUUUCAAACUUUUUCAUCCUUUGGAGCAGACCAUAUGGGCUACAAAGGGCCCUAAAGGUGAAGCAGUUGGUGCUAUAACUCUGCCGUUGCCCACCAGUUACUUGAUUGUCCGAGCCGCUUCAGAAUCAGAUGGCAGGUGUUGGAUGGAUGCUCUGGAGCUAGCACUGAAGUGUUCAGGUCUGCUUAAACGUACAAUGAUUAGGGAAGGUAAAGAACACGACUUGAACUCCUCAGCCGACAGUACUCAUGUCUCUUUCUAUGGUCUGAUUCGUGCUAACAACUUACACAGUGGAGAAAACUUACCGUUAAAUGACAGUGAAAUGGAAAGGCAUCACUUCAAAGAUCAAGAUACCUACUCUGACAAGUCUGAUAAGGAAAAUGACCACGACCAUGAGGAAUCUGACAAUGAUGGUUUGGGGAAAAGUGAAGAAAGCGAUAGUGACACAUCGGAGCGACAGGAUGAUUCUUAUGUCGAUCCAGAACCAAUUGAUAUCAAGGAAACCAUUUACUUAGAACAGAAUCAUGAAGAACUUGGGGAGGCAGGUGAGGCUGCUCAGACAGAAGAAGUGUCAGAAGAAAACAAAAGUUUGAUUUGGACACUGUUGAAGCAAGUCAGGCCAGGAAUGGACUUGUCCAAGGUUGUACUGCCUACAUUUAUUUUGGAACCUCGCUCUUUCCUGGACAAGCUGUCUGAUUACUACUACCAUGCAGACUUUCUGUCUGAAGCUGCUCUUGAAGAGAAUGCUUACAACCGCAUGAAAAAAGUAGUGAAAUGGUAUUUAUCAGGAUUCUACAAAAAGCCAAAGGGACUAAAAAAGCCGUACAAUCCGAUACUUGGGGAGUUUUUCCGCUGCAUGUGGAUUCAUCCAAGGACAAACAGCAAGACUUUUUAUAUUGCAGAACAGGUGUCACAUCAUCCUCCAGUAUCUGCCUUCUAUGUUAGCAACCGUAAAGAUGGUUUUUGCCUUAGUGGUAGCAUUCUGGCCAAAUCAAAAUUCUAUGGGAAUUCAUUAUCUGCCAUACUAGAUGGAGAAGGACGGCUAACGUUUCUAAAUAGGGGAGAAGAUUAUGUAAUGACAAUGCCAUAUGCCCAUUGUAAAGGAAUUCUUUAUGGAACAAUGACCUUGGAGCUUGGAGGAAUAGUCAACAUCACCUGUGAGAAAACUGGCUACAGUGCAACAAUUGAAUUCAAACUCAAGCCUUUUUUGGGUAACAAUGACAGUGUUAACCAAAUAUCAGGGAGAAUUAAGCUUGGCAAAGAAGUUCUGGCCUUAUUAGAGGGUCACUGGGACAGUGAAGUUAUUAUUAGUGACAAGAAGACAGGUGUUUCAGAGACAUUCUGGAACCCAACAUCUGAUAUGAAACAGCGUAGAUUACAUAGAUACACUGUGAAGUUUGAGGAGCAAGAUGACUUUGAGUCAGAGAAGCUUUGGCAACAAGUGACAAAAGCAAUAAAUAAUAAAGACCAAACAGAAGCUACUCAGGAGAAGUAUAUUCUGGAAGAAGCUCAGAGAAAGAGUGCCAAAGAGAGGAAACUUAAGGGUGAAGAGUGGACAUGCAAGCUGUUCGAUCAGGAUUCAGUCACAGGAGAGUGGCACUACAAAUAUGCUGAUACCAGACCAUGGGACCCUUUGAAUGAUAUGAUCCAGUUUGAAAAAGAUGGCACAAUCCAGACAAAAGUUCGACAUCGGACACCAAUGGUGACUGUUCCAAAAAUCAAACGAAAGCCAGCCAGUCAGAAGAAAGGAGAGUGUGGUUUCUCAUCCCCAGAGCCUGAUAACCAGGAUUCCUCUGGGAGUGAAGCACAACUUUUGAAGCAUAAUACAAGAAUAAGAAAAAAAGGGACAGAUCUUGGUGAACUGCAGGGUGCCAUUGAGUCUAUAAAGGACACACAGGAAGACAUUAAGAGGGAGAUCAUGGCACUACGAAAUAGAGUCACUUCUCAUUCAUCACCCUGGGACUACCAUUCCUUGCAGUUUAAGCACUAUGUCUUCAUUGUACUCAUGGUUCUGCUGCAGCUUAUCAUUAAUUUCUUGUUCAAAUAAGUGUGAACAAGGGCCUUCUUGAACUGGAAUGAUCAAACUGUUACUGGGGACCACAUUUUAAGCUGGACUUUAAAUGAUGCAAUAUUAUGUAAAAGAACCAUGUAGCAACAACUUACAGAACUUUGCCUCAGCAUUCAUGGUUCAGAAUCAUACUUGUGUCUACCCAGUUGCAGUAAGAAUUGUGUAAGUGCCAGUACACUCUUGCUCCUGGUGUGUGCCUCUGUCUCGCAGUCAUACAACAUCAGCCUUGUGUUUAUAUUGCGUCAUACCGAUGAAUCUGCACCACAGAAUAGAUCAAGUUAAACACUGAGGUCAGACCCCAUAGGUAGGAUGUGAUUCCUGUUAUGGUAGAAUGGUAGACAGGCAUUCUUCAUUACAUAUAAACUUAUAAUUUUUGUAACAAAGAAACUUUUGGAGUAGCCAACAGCUUUUGUAUAUGGCUUUGGGUGUUUGGAAGUAAACUUUUGUUAAAGGUCAAACAAAUACAUUAUUAUAUGAAAAAUUAUGAGUGUUAGGAAAUGGCAAGUAAAAAGCUAAAGUCUUUGGGAAAUCUGCAACAUAAUGUCCUUGACUGGUUUUGGAAGUAUAAGGUUUUUAUCCUGAAUUACUAUAAGCUUGUAAGCCAGCUGUUUUAUAGUUUUAAAACUUCUGAUUGAUCACAAAAACAUUCCCACAUCUACUGUACAGAGCACAUUUUUAACAGUAAAACAGCCAGGGAGGUACUGUUUUGGUCUACUCUCUCUCAUGAAUUGCAAAUGUCAAGGAUUUCUGGUAUGUUUGUAAGUCUUGAAAAAUCUACAGCUUUGGAUUUACGUUUGUGUAUGGCCAUGUCACGGUAAGCAGACAGACUGCUGAUGCCACAACUCAUGGUUAUUUUUGGAACAAAAUGUGAAGAGGUAUGCUUAGUGUGUAGCUUGAGCUCAAUCUCCAAAAGGCAAUGUAGAAUAGGAUUCAGCUACUGUCGUGAGUAGACUUGCAAAUGAAAAUGUGUGUGUUUACACAUGGAAAGGUCAGAAAUUGUGUGAUGGCUAAUACCACAUAUCUCAAAUAAGAAGAAAAUCCAAGUGUUUGUGAAAUCCCUCUUUACUGCAAGUAUAUACUACCUACCAGAAUACAUGGAUGCACCUUCUUAGUAUGCUGUAGCCAUACAAAUUCAUGCAAAGCUUAAAUUCAAAACCAGGUUUUGUAAUAUUUUUUAUUUGAAGAAAUAUAUGCAUGUAUAGAAUUUGUAAAAUUCCAGCAAAAAAAGUAGUGCUGGUGUUUAUCUGGCGAGUUCCCUGUGCCAGUCAAGCAUACCAAGGCAA